GAUUUUCUUUCAGGAAGUUCCACGUCAGUGUCCAAUGCACUGCUCACUGUAAUAGUAACCCCCGACCGAAGUGCUAGCAACGUUUUUAUUCAAUUAAACUGCGAUAACACGGGGAUAAAACAUGCCUCUGAGGCUGGACAUUAAGAGGAGGCUAACAGCCCGGUCGGACCGAGUAAAGAGUGUGGAUCUUCACCCAACCGAGCCAUGGAUGCUGGCCAGUCUCUACAACGGCAGCGUCUGCGUAUGGAACCACGAAACGCAGACUCUGGUCAAGACUUUUGAGGUGUGUGACCUGCCUGUCAGAGCGUCCAAGUUUGUGGCCAGGAAGAACUGGGUCAUCACCGGAGCAGAUGACAUGCAGAUCCGUGUGUUUAACUACAACACCUUGGAGAGGGUYCAUAUGUUUGAGGCCCAUUCUGACUAUAUCCGUUGCAUUGCUGUUCAUCCAACCCAGCCGUACAUCCUAACCAGCAGUGAUGAUAUGCUGAUCAAGCUGUGGGACUGGGAAAAGAAGUGGACGUGCAGCCAAGUGUUUGAAGGUCACACUCAUUACGUUAUGCAGAUUGUCAUCAACCCCAAGGACAACAACCAGUUUGCCAGCGCCUCAUUGGACAGAACUAUUAAGAACAAGACCUGCGUUCAGACUCUGGAGGGCCACGCUCAGAAUGUCUCCUGUGUCAGCUUCCACCCUGAGCUGCCCAUUAUUAUCACAGGAUCUGAGGAUGGUACGGUGCGAAUCUGGCACUCCAGCACAUACCGCCUGGAAAGCACACUCAACUAUGGCAUGGAGCGAGUGUGGUGUGUGUGUGGUCUUAGAGGCUCCAACAAUGUGGCRCUGGGAUAUGACGAAGGCAGCAUCAUCAUCAAAGUUGGUCGGGAAGAGCCAGCCAUGUCUAUGGACACCAACGGAAAGAUCAUCUGGGCUAAACACAGCGAAAUACAGCAAGCCAACCUGAAGGCCAUGGGCGAAGCUGAAAUCAAGGACGGGGAGAGACUGCCGCUGGCUGUCAAAGAUAUGGGCAGCUGUGAGAUUUACCCUCAAACCAUCCAGCAUAACCCGAAUGGACGKUUUGUUGUGGUAUGUGGCGAUGGGGAGUACAUCAUCUACACCGCUAUGGCUCUGAGGAACAAGAGCUUCGGUUCAGCUCAGGAGUUCGUCUGGGCCCACGACUCGUCCGAAUAUGCCAUCAGAGAAAGCAACAGUAUUGUCAAAAUCUUCAAAAACUUUAAAGAAAAGAAAUCCUUUAAGCCCGACUUUGGAGCAGAAGGGAUCUACGGGGGUUUCUUACUCGGGGUGAGGUCUGUGAACGGCCUGGCAUUUUAUGACUGGGAGAACACGGAGCUAAUUCGCCGCAUUGAGAUCCAGCCCAAGCACAUCUUUUGGUCAGACUCUGGUGAGUUGGUCUGCAUUGCCACGGAGGAAUCCUUCUUCAUUCUCCGUUACAUGGCAGAAAAAGUAGCCGCCUCUCAGGAAAACAAUGAGGGCAUAACAGAGGAUGGGAUCGAAGACGCCUUUGAGGUGCUGGGAGAGAUCCAGGAGAUUGUGAAGACUGGGCUUUGGGUUGGAGACUGCUUCAUCUAUACCAGUUCUGUAAACAGACUCAACUACUAUGUAGGAGGAGAGAUUGUGACUAUUGCACAUCUGGACAGGACCAUGUACCUGCUGGGUUACAUCCCAAAGGACGACCGUCUUUACCUUGGAGACAAGGAGCUCAACAUUGUCAGCUACUCCCUGCUGGUUUCUGUCCUGGAGUAUCAGACUGCCGUGAUGAGAAGAGACUUUGGGAUGGCAGACAAGGUGCUGCCCACCAUCCCCAAAGAGCAACGGACCAGGGUUGCACAUUUCCUGGAGAAACAGGGUUUCAAACAGCAGGCGCUGGCCGUGUCUACAGACCCAGAGCACAGGUUUGAGUUGGCUUUACAACUGGGGGAGCUGAAGAUCGCCUACCAGCUGGCUGUGGAAGCAGAAUCUGAGCAGAAAUGGAAGCAGCUAGCCGAGCUGGCUAUCAGUAAGUGCCAGUUCGGGUUGGCCCAGGAGUGCCUGCACCACGCUCAGGAUUACGGCGGCCUGCUCCUUCUCGCCACCGCCUCGGGGAAYGCCACCAUGGUGGGCAAGCUGGCCGAAGGGGCAGAAAGGGACGGCAAGAACAACGUGGCCUUCAUGACGUAUUUCCUCCAGGGGAAACUGGAUCAGUGUCUGGAGCUCCUCAUCAAGACUAACAGACUACCGGAGGCAGCGUUCCUGGCGCGGACAUACCUGCCCAGCCAGGUGUCCCGUGUGGUCAAACUGUGGAGGGAGAGUUUGGCUAAAGUCAACCAGAAGGCUGCUGAAUCACUCGCAGACCCCACAGAGUAUGAAAAUCUGUUCCCUGGGCUGAGAGAAGCAUUUGCAGCCGAACAUUACCUGAGAGAGACCUGCAUCGGCAGCUCCAGGCCCGCCAAAGAUUAUCCACUUGUUACACCCAAUGAAGACAGAAAUAUUCUGGAGGAGGCUCAGGGUUACGAACCCAAAGGCACCUUUGUUCCCUUCGUGCCUCAGACAAAAGAGAACGAUGAAUCCAGCUCGGUGCCAGCAGCCUCCGAGACGCCUUCACUGCCCAAACCUGCAACUCCUGAAGCAGCAGUUCACAACGAGGAGGAGGAGGAAGAGGAAGAGGAGGAAAAGCUUACAUUCGCACAGUCAGAGAAAGAGAAGACUCUAGAUGAGUUGGAAGUGGACCUGGACAACAUGGAGCUGGAUGACAUCGACACCACAGACGUCAACCUCGAUGACGACUUUCUAGAUGAUUGAAGUUUCCACCGUCCUCCUCCUCAGCAUGUUUUAUUUAAACAAAAGAGACCAACAUCCCUUAUUUUUUUUGUACUUGUAUCAAAAAAUGUAUGUUGUCAUGCCAGUUUUAUUAGAAAACUAUGACCUCAACAAUGUUUGAAUGAGAACUAAAGUAGAGGGCCCACAGCUGCUCCAUUUUGUACACWCUUUAUCAAAUGAAAGUUUAGAUUAACAGUCUACGGGUUAACUUCAUUUAUGCUUUCCCUCUGCGCUUUUCUGUAAUGUCAUGUCAAUGUUGAAUAAGUCCAAUAAAUUCUGGUUGCUGUAUAUAUUAACA